CUCCUACCUAUAUACAUGCGAUUUUGAUUAUCGGAUUUGUGAAGCAACUCUGUUUACCUACCCACCUACCUACAGUCUGUCACAUAUCUAUCUCGUACCAUGCCAGGAAUGGAAUUCUUCAAGUCGCCUCCCGCCUUUUGCUCCCAUACAUACCCAGCGGGAGAGGGAAGAAAGGGAAGAAAGGGUUGUGAAUUCUAUGCAGGCACCAAUUAGCGCCGCACCAUAUCGUUUUGUUUGCCAACAAAAAACUCCCAUUUCCAUUUCCAUUUCCAUUCCCGUUCUCAUUCCCAUUCCCAUUGUUUUUUACCUACAUACAUACACAUACAUACACAUACAUACUACCUACUUACUAGCAUCGCUUCAUGCCUCACGCCUGUCUUCAUCAACCACCAGUGAUCACCAUCGCCAUCGCCAUCGCCAUCACCAUCACCAUUUGUUACAUCGAUUAUUUAUCAUUGCUUCAGUCAAUGUCCUUGGAGAGUGCUUGCUGAUUACUACCACUGGAUCGCUUCUCCUCCUUGAACAUUGAAAUCCGGAAAAAGAGUCUAUGGACUAGAACUGGACUGGAAUAGACUGGAAUAGACUGAACUACCUACCUCUUCCAAAAGCUUACCCAUAUCCGUGCAACCCACCCCAUCUAUUCUUACCAACUUAAAUAUCUUCCUGGUACUUACUUAUUACCUACCUAAUAUCUCUCUUUUCAAAUAUACGGCAAGGUAUAGAACCACCUUUUACAACCAUUACACCCAAGUCUCCUCCACCCAUUUCACAUUUACUUUCACCCAAAACCUCAAACAUCUACCAAAUCAUUCAUCCAAAACUUUAUACUUCCUUUGAGCUCACACUUACGGAACUUUUUAAUUCACUUCAACAUCAACUUAUCACAUCCUCCGACUGCGAAGGGCAAUAUAUUACCCAUUUUAGAUCAUUUGGCCAGGUUUUACUCAUUGUCAUCCUGGGGUCCUUCCGCAUCCACCCUUUCUACGAUACCAAAAAAUUCACACCCCAACUAUAUUGUUCUCAAUCUUUCAAAUCGAUUCAUAUCUAAGCAAUUUCAUAAUCUCGAACGUCUCUGAUGGGUCGAGACCUCGCAAAAAUCGUCCGACAGCCUCGUAUAUAGCGCUUCUCGCACCUCGUUCUCGCGGGAAGCGCUCCAAUUCACAAUCUGAGAUUCGAUUGUCCAAGCCACGAAUUUGUUCGCGACACAAUCGUCAUGACCAAAGAAAUUAAUGCUGGCACCAGCGUCGAAGGCUCAUCCAAAAACCUCCCGCCUCAAGAGAGCAAUGUGGUUGAGAAUGUAUCCGCUGCCCACGACUCGCCGGCUGUAAAUGCGAUGGAAAUUGUGCCUGAAAGUAAGGCUUCGACUGCUGCGCCGGGGAAAGGAUUGGAGAAGGAAUUAUUAGCUCUUCGCGAUUUCGAAUCUCAGCCUAUGACCGCGACCAAUUCAACGUCCUCCAAUCGUUCGAAUAAGGAUGCUGGAGCCAACGGAGUCGGUGGUGCAGCUUACGGCACUCGAUCGCGCAAUCGAACAGGUACAUCAAGGAUCAAUUAUGCAGAGGACAAGGAGAUGGACGUGGAUAUUGAAAUUGCAGCGGCUAUGAAAGAGGGGCGCAAGGCCGCUCGGGUCAACGACUCUCGCCCUUCAACAUCUGCGGACAAUGCGCCACCGACAACUACUGCAAAGAAGGCAACCGUUCCAGAACCAGAGCCUGUCGCAACGGCACAAAACAAUAAUAAGGAACCUAUCCCCGGGACCUCUACGUUCUCUGCAAACCCAUCUGUACCAACGACUCAGAACUCCAAGAAAAAGAAACCUCCUGCCCAAACUGCCGCAACUGCAACUGCAUCUUCAGCACAAAAUGUCGUACAAAAUGGUUCGUCAGUACAUACAAGUGCCCCCAGAGUCAGCAUGGCUGUGCAUGAUUCUAACAUGUUGAGCUUCGAUAACUGUGGGGCACGUUUAAAGGACGACAAACUUAUAGCAGAUGAUGGCACUGUUCUAUCAGCCAAUGAUCACGUGUAUCUUGUUUGUGAACCUCCCGGUGAGCCAUACUAUCUUGGUCGGAUCAUGGAAUUCUUACAUAUCAAUAAUGACGUCAAGGAGCCCAUUGACGCACUACGACUCAACUGGUAUUAUCGACCUAAAGAAAUUGGAAAGAAGGUCAGCGAUACGCGUCAAGUGUUCGCUUCCAUGCAUUCCGAUAUCAGUCCUCUCACAGCUUUACGUGGAAAAUGCCAGAUCAAGCACAAGGCCGAAGUCGAGAAGCUCGAUGUUUUGAGAACGACGAAGGACAGCUUCUGGUACGAUAAAUUGUACGAUCGUUACAUCCAUCGAUAUUACGAUGUUAUACCCGUUUUCCAGGUCAUAAAUGUACCUGUUUCAGUCAAAAAAGUCCUUGAUGAAAGGUGGAAAUACAUUAUUGUGGAGGUGGGGCGCGGCAAAGAAUUUACCAGCGCCGUGAAGACUUGUAAACGUUGCUGCAGAUACAGUGCAAGCAACGACUCUGUUGACUGUGCGGUUUGUUUGAACACCUACCACAUGAGUUGUGUAAAUCCACCAUUGUUGAAGAAACCCUCGCGUGGCUUUGCUUGGGCUUGUGGACCUUGCAGCAAAGCCCAAGAAAAGAAACUCGAGGCUCGUAACACCCCCAAUAUUACAGAUGGAAUCAUCGACGCCGAAGACGACGAAAUGAACGAAGACGAGGAUGAUCUGCCCGCAGCAGUAGGUGAUGCACUUGAUACGAACGGGAACACCUCAUCAGGCUCUCAGGAUGUCGAAAUGUCUAUUCACCCAGGUACAGCGGAACAGGUUCAUCAAGCAAGCCUAUGGCUCUUUCGGUACUUGGGUAUACACUGCAAAGUUGAAGAUGCACUGGAUUAUGACGAUCGUAUCUAUCCAAGGGCCAGCUCUCGGAUUGGAAAUCGUCAUCAAGCCAAUGUUACAGCUUGGCAUGGUAGACCUGUGGAGUAUGUUAAGGCCGUAGAGAUAAAGAAGAAAUACAUCAAGGGAGGAAGCAGUAGCCACAGAAAGGAUGCAAAGUUAUCGAAAGAAACUAUAGCCGCAUUAGAAGCCGACAAAAUUGCUCGAGAAAAGCGUCCAAUUUGGGUAAUGGAUGAGCCGAAUGGCUACAUCAAUCGGGGUGAGGAUGCAAGUAAUGAUGAUCCCAAAAAUACGGCGACGUUGCAGUUUAAAAUUCCAGAAGUUGGGGAAGCUUCUAGCAAUUCUGAACGGGGAACGGACGACAGAGUUUCAUCCUUGGAUGUUCCCGCGUAUGAGCAACUGGUCAAUGAUUACAUGAUUCGUGCAAAAGCAAUGGCGAAGCCGCUAGGCCUGCCCGAAUUUUCAACGAAUCUACUCGAUGUAGCCCUACAAUUACUCUAUUCAAACAAAUUUGAUGUAGACAAAGCACUUGAUGCACUUUCAAAAACAGAAAAGAAGACGUUUAAGGAGCCAGAGCUUAGUCCCGCCGAGCUUAAAAAAUUCGAGGACGGCGUUACCAAAUUUGGGUCUGAGUGGCUUAGCAUUAAAAGGCAUGUGAAGACAAUGAGCCCUGCUGACGUGGUACGAUUUUAUUACACCUGGAAAAAGACGGAUAGGGGAAAGCAGAUAUGGGGUAAUUAUUCAGGGCGAAAAGGCAAAAAGGAGGCCAAAAGAGCAGAAGCGGCCUUGGGAAAGUUACAGGAUGACGUUGCCGAUGAACACGACGAUUCAGCUUUUGACAACGACAAAGUUUUACAGAAGAAGAAGGGAUUUCAGUGCAAAUUUUGUUCCGUAAGAAGCUCGCAGAGAUGGAGACGAGCUCCCAAUACCCCUGUGGGUGCUACUGUCCCUGAAAAUUCAAAUAGCAAAGGAGCUGCAAAGGAGAAAGGUAACCAACUUGUGUUGGCGUUAUGUCAAAGAUGUGCAGAACUUUGGCGCCGUUAUGCGAUACAGUAUGAAGACGUUGAUGAAGUAGCCAAAAAGAUGGCGGCCUCGGGAGGACGAGCUUCUAAACGCAAAAUGGAUGAAGAAUAUCUCAGAGAACUCAAAGCUGCAAACGAAGGGUUUGGUCAAACAGAUGCUCUCCCCACUACAGCACCUGUCUCGACUGCCAGCACACCUGUACCUGCACCUCUAGUGCCAGCAGCGUCAGAACCGCCUAAGAAGAAAGUCAAAACCAAUCCAGAUAACAAGGAAGUUUCAGAUUCUGCGCUUGAGAACGGUAAUAUAGUAGCACCUGCACAACCAAAGAAGAAGCCAAUAGUAGAAAAACCUCCUCCGCCUCCGCCUCCGCCUCCAGAAGUUCCCAAGCCGAAACUUCUUCCAUGUGCUGUUUGCGCCCAGUUGGAACCAUUAGGAGAUCAGCACCUUUCCUGCAAAGAUUGUAGAAUGGCUGUGCAUCGAAACUGCUAUGGCGUUGUCGAUACCCGAAGCCCCAGCAAAUGGACCUGUGACAUGUGUCAGAACGAUAAAGACCCUAAAGUAUCAAUUCAAUAUAAAUGCAUGCUUUGUCCUAUAGAGUUUACAGAGCAUGAUUUUGUGGAACCGCCCCGGAUUUCUCACAAGAAGAAAUCUGAAAAGGAGCGGGAGCGAGAUCGCGUGGAGAGAGAAAAUGCGCUGAAAGCUGCAGACUACUUUCGAAAGAAGCAGGAAGAAUACAAUAAGCCUGUCAAUCCUCGGGAGCCAUUGAAGCGCACAGCUAAUAACAAUUGGGUACACGUCACUUGUGCUGUAUUUACGCCCGAAGUGAAGUUCGGAGACGCGAAAGCUCUAGUUCCAUCUGAAGGGAUUCCAUCGAUCCCUUCGAGUAGAUAUGAUGAGGUUUGCAAAGCAUGCAAGAAGAAAGGCGGUGCCUGUGUAAAUUGCCACUUCUGUCGAGCACCAGUGCACGUGGAAUGUGCGCACCAGAAUGGGUACAUUCUAGGUUUCGAUAUCGCUCCGGUGAAGGGUUCUCGUCGCGACCAGCACAACAUUGUGAACAUCAAUGGUGAGAAUGGAGCCAUGUCUGCCGCUAUCUGGUGCAAAGAACAUGUACCAACCAAGACUAUUGUGCAUCGCAUGCACGACAUCGUUGACGAAACGGGUCUUAAUGCUUUACAACUCUAUGUACAAAACUUCAAGCAGGCAGAUUUGGCACUGACUGGCACAGUUCGUAAAGCGAACCUCGUCAACCAAUCUACCAGAGCCGUCAGUGCUGUCAAUAACCCAACACCCCAAAAUCGUCGGACAUCUACGGGGGCUCCUAUAUCGACUCCUACAACAAAUAGACGUGCUUCUUUAGCAUUGGUCAAAGUUGAGGAUUCACCAUUGAGUAAUUCACUUUCGGUGCGCGACGCAGAAAGAACAUGUGCCACUUGUAGUGUUGAUAUCAGCCCUAAAUGGUGGCCGAUGAUUGAAAAUACUGUUGCAACCAGUAGUCCUGCAGCUCCCUUGAACGCUAUACUGGAUCACGAUCCUACCAAAUCGGACAGCCCUGGACUCGCCAAUGGCCAUUUACCUAGUGCCCCAACAGGCGAAAGAAGUGGAGUUCAUGUCGCACUCGCCGCCGCAGCCUUGGAUCAAAAUACCAAAAAGCCGGCCCCUUUACCUACGGAGUUUCAAUGCCAUCAGUGCCAUUGGAAGAAAAUUCGAAAGCAACCUACACCAAUACCGACGCCUCCACCUAUGCCUAUACCCACGGUAAGCGAUCGCGAGGUUUCUAGACCUCCCGCGCCCCUUUCUAUACCGACUUCUACACCUAUCAUUGCAAGUAUUCCUCCGCCCGAGCUUGAGCGCAAUCAUACGCCGCAUCAAUACCCAUGGCCGCCCCAACCUCCAUCGUAUCCGUCCAACACCCCGUACAACAACUGGCUUCGUCAAUCUCCAGUCCCAACGAAUGUCGCUGCCGUACAUCAAGUCAAUGGCAAUCAUUCACCAAGGAUGCCUGGAGUUGCGCUACAACUGGGAGGGCAACCUCACAAUCGUCAGCCUGUGCAAGGUCUACAGCCAUCCCCUCAUCAGAAUGGACGUUUGCCCAACGGUUAUCCACCCUCUCCUCAUCGACUUCCUGGACCUCCGCCCAUGCAUAUGCAAAAUGGAAGCUACGGAUCAUAUGCUUCUAAUAGACCCCCUCCUCAUCAUUUGACAAAUGGAGGACCGCCUCCUCGUGCCCCGGAGCAUCCUUUCUCGCAACACAGUGCGCCGAUGCAUUCUCGUCCGUAUGGUGCACCACAUGGACCGCCACACGGACCACAACACGGACCACAACACGGUAGUCCACAGCUCAACCGGCAACUGAAUGGACUGCCUCCCCCACCCAAUGGUCUUCCUCCGCCGAAUGGUCUUCCUCCGUUAAAUGGUGUGAGACCGAACAACAAUCAGGUCAAUGGGGGAGCAAGCGCGAGUCCAUCACUAGCAAAUUUACUCUCUUAAAGAAAGGGCAGAGUAGUCAUACAAGCAUGCAUAGUACUUACGUCUUUUGUCACACUUCCGUUACAUGUUUACAUUUAUCUCUUUCAUGUAUUGUAUGAUUCCAAUGUUUAACUUAAGGCGUUUUAUGGAGGUCACAUCUUCUUUCAUGAGCGUGGCGUUUGAGACAAACACAAUGUAAAAUAGAUUAUUGCACACUGACCGAGGUGGGAAAUUAGAAUCGGUCAUGGCAACGUGAGUCGACUGAUUCAACAACAGGAUGGUGUUCUACAAAGGAUGCCAUACAUAUAAACAACUAUAUGUACAUCCCUUGUAUGAAGAGUUAGUUUCGUGAAAAAUGUAAUGUACCAAAAUUUUGAAUGCAAUGCAUUAUGGAUAAUUUGUGACCA